UGUCAGUACCUAUUUAUUUUUAGUUGUGGGUGAUAAAAUAUAAGGCAACAAAAAUUAUCGAAAUAUUUGCAAAUAUGUACACAGAAGUUGAUGUUUUCGUUAGUAAUUAUACUCUCAUUGAUCCUGAAAUAUACCAGCUGUGGAUAGAAGGAUGCUCCUCCAGUGAAGCCGUCUCGACAUUACACCAGCGUUCCGUGGCGAAGCAGACCGGAGCUACAGUGGAGCUGAUAGCCAGCGAUGUUUUGGAUCACUACAGGACCUUCGCGCUGCUGGAGCGACUCCUGACGGUGCCAUCAAAGCUGUCCGAGCAGAUGAUCUUUCAAAUUGACGAGGCCACUAAACAUAUGCUGAUUGAGAAAUAUUACGAACUAGACGACGCUGUGAUAAGGGAACUUUUGGGUAGAAAAUUAUCUUCUAGGCAUAGGAAAGAUUUGGAUGAAGUGGCCGAGCGUUCUGGAGCUCCGUUGCGAUGCUGCCGCAGACAGUUUGACAAUGUGAGGCGUGUGUUCAAAACUGUCGAAGAGAUGCCGGGGAACGUCGUCGCCAAUAUACGAAGCACUUUCUUGCUGUCCGAAGCGCUCGCUAAAAAAUACGGCGCCGUUGUUUUCAUCGCGUGCAUGCGUUUCGAGACGGCAAAGCGUAAGCUUCAAUAUUUGUCCUUCAACGACUUCUAUCAUUGCGCUCAGGCGAUAAUGGGCAGCUGGACAUACAGCUGUACUGGGCCGGAGUACUACGACACUGAGAUGGACAGGGAGUUCCUGCUGGAGCUGAGGGAACUGAGAAUCUUGCUGGACAAAGAGAAGGAGCAUAAACAUUUGAUAUGCAUGCGUCUUAAACCCAAACUGUUGGAGAAGUCUUAUCAAGAGUUGGAACUAAAUUUCAGGUUAUACACCAGAGCGCUGGUCGGUCUCGCUUGCAACCUACACAGAGGACGCGAAUUUAGGUCCUUGUUCAUAGAUUUACUUGAGAGAUGCAUUGAACCUCUACGUCUGGGCGGAUGGCCAAAAACGGACUUGGCACAGUUUUUAUGCGCGUACGAACAGUGCGCGUUGCAAAUGGAUGUACUGAGAGAAGCGGAUCUUAAAAGUGUAUGGGAAAGGUACAUGCGUGUGAUAGGUCAGUGUUUAAUUACAAUGUAUCAUUGCUAAAAGAGGAAUACCAAGUACAUAAGUCGCCUUUUACGUCAUGGUACAAGUGUCAACGAACGUUCAUUUCAUACCCCGAAAGGACUGAAAGGCCACGUUCAGCUGUAUGGCUUAAUGAUAGAAUUGAGAUUCAAAUAGUGACAGGUUACUAGCCCAUCGCCUAAAAGAAGAAUCCCAAGUUUAUAAGCCCAUCCCUUAGUCGCCUUUUAUGUAUCCAUGGGAAAGAGAUGUAUUGGCCCCUUUUCUUAAGUGCUGGGAACCAAACUUAAUAAUAUAUUAUUUUUCAUUAUUUUAACGGUGGGCAUUUCGGGAAUUUUUUUUAUCAUAAAUAACUAACAAUUGUCUAUAAGCAUUAGUCAAUAUUUAUAGUAAUUCUAAUUUAUAUGAGUAUUAUACUAAGAUAUAAGAUACAAUUUAGUGUACCUCUGUAAUAUAUUUUAAAUUAUAGAAAAUAAACAAAUUGUUUGUAUAAAA